AUGGCGACUAGUAAGAAAACAAUCGUGGUUGUGGGUGGAACCGGCAUCCUAGGCAGCUCCGUCGCUCGAUCGCUCCAUGAUAAUCCAGACUUCCACGUUCGCGUCACUACCCGCGAUCCUUUAAGCGCUAAGGCGGCUCGAUUGACCGAUUGUGGGAUUGAAGUUGUCAAGGCUGAUUCUUGGAACAUCGAUGAGUUGACCAAAGCACUUUCAGGCUGCUGGGGCUUGUUUCUCAAUAUCGACUCCGAUGCACCCAACUUCAAACAACAAAUCGGGCCGUCUGAGCUCGACAUGGGCCGCCUGAUCCUUCACACGGCCGCAGCUGUUGGUAUAAAGCACGUUGUUCACGCUUCCCUACCAGCCGCUACCAAGCUCACUCAGGGUCGUGUACCAAUGGUCAAUUGGGACGACAAGGCUGCAAUCUCCGAGUACGCCCUUAAAAAUAAACAGUUCUCUACGGCCACUAUCUUAAGUGCGGGCUGGUUCUUAGAGAAUUCAUUCGACCCCAAGUACGCAGCCUCCUUUGGUGGCUUCGCGAUGAUCAAGGACGACGAUGGCUUCUAUACGUGGAAAACACCCCCUAUGGGAAAUGACCCCGAGUCGGUUCCAUUCCUUGCUGUUGCCGACGACUAUGGCGAUUUUGUGCAUGGGGUCUUUCUCAACCCUCAGAAAUGGGAUCGAAAGUAUGUUCAUGGGGUUUCCGAGUCCCUCAGCUUCACGGACAUGACCGCCGCUUUUCAACGUGCUACGGGACUUAGAGCAAGGUAUCAGAAGUUGGGGACCGGUCAAAGUCUAAUGGCAGGCAAUGAGCUCAAGACUAAGGAGGUCAAUGGGUUGUUCGACGUAAUGCAUGCUGUCCAGGGCAGGUUCUUUAACGGUGAAGUCACGGAACCCAGGCAUGCAAAGGAAUUGAAGGCUGCAGUAUCCUUGGUUAGACGUGGUAAGACCAGCACGACACCCAUGACAGCAGAGCAAUUUUUCCGCAAGUACUCCCCCGGGAACCCAUCAGCAAAGCUUUAA